UCCAACCAUUAUUCCACUACUCCUAUAAAAAUACUCUUAUCUCUUUCCACCAUUUGAGUCCUUUAAUUUCUCUUAAUCUGAAUACAGCCAGCGCAUUAGGAAAGCCAAUAAUCAGCCAUUUUUCUAAUGAUGGAGACUCCAUCAUCAACAAGAAGAGUAACAAGAUCACAAGUCCUUUCCGCUUCCAAUAAGAUGAAUAAAGAAUCUGAAAACAAAGAAGUGACCAAAUCAAGAUCAGCUCUCAUUGAUUUAACAAAUUCACCCAUUGUUGGGCUAGCAAGUGGGAUUUUAGAGACCCCAUCAUCUGCAUUGUCCAGGAGUACUAAAGGAAGGAAGUGUUGUACUCCAGGGUCAGGGGAGGCAAUAUUGAGGUGUCAAGUGAAGAACUUGUUACAAAUGGUUGAGGAAGAAGCUGAAAUCUCAUUGGCAAAAAGGCAGCCUCUUUUUCAUGUAAAAGGUGUUGUUAUUGCUCCUGCAAAUACACCACUUAUGGAUCUACCUGGUAAUGAGAUGCUGCCACCUGUCACUGCAUCUCCUGUACACGACAACUUUGUCAUCUCUCAGAUAAUGAAUGAGAUGUUUGAAGUGAAGAAAGAAGAGAGUAGUAGUAAUAUUACAAGAUCUCUACUGUUGGAUUUUACUGAAAAGUCAGAAGAAGAUGAUGAAGGAGUAGUUGAUGAGCUAUGUGAAGCAAUUAGCAAGAUCAAUGUUAAUGAAGGAGAAAGAAGAAUGGAAAAAAAAGUUGGAAAGCACACUCGGUUUGUGUACAACAGUGAUGAUGAGUUUGAAGGAGUGGAAGAGUGUGUUGAAUUUGCAGGAUUGUCUGCUCCUAGAGGAAAGCACUUGCAUUUCCCUGAGGAUAUUGAAUGAAAAGCUUUCUUCUUUUUGCUGUUGUGAAGACACCAACACAAACACCUGUGGUGUUUUAUUAUUUACAUUCUGUAACUUCUGUUUGGACCAUUGAGAAUUUGCUGCUAACUGAAAUAAUUCAAAAAUUAUCUCUUUCCAAA